CCAUGCAGUCCUUUAGCAAGUUAAUUGGAACGGAGUAGGCGAGGAUCCAAUGAGUUCCGGUCAAACAUGGCUAGUGCGUAGUCCUAAACUUCGAGGCCACGAACACAGAACCCUAAAAACACUCGGAAAAAACAGAUAUGAGACAGCAACAGUUCAAGGAUGUGUCCACGGUCCGCAUACUGAUGUUGGGCGACAGAGGUGUGGGCAAGACUAGUUUGACCAAUUUGCUGGCCACUAGCGAGAGUACGCCCACUCCAUCCUCGCGAACCGUUGGCGAGAACUCAUGGCAUGUCCAGGUGCGGAUGCAUGAGUAUCCCAAUCCGGUGAUCUUACCGCUCACGCCCUCCUCCUCGGAGGGCUCCGAGAAUUACCCGUAUCUGCGGAGUACGCCCACCACCAGUGAUAUCCUUUACUUUGUGGAGUUUUACGACCUGAACAGCGAUUGGCGCUUGCGCCGCCAGCACCGCGAUAGCUUCUAUAAGAAUAUAGACGGCAUUGUUCUAGUGUACAACCUGCUGGACCUGAGCUCCCAGGACAGCCUCCACGAUUGGCUGUACGAUCCGUUGCGCCAGAUCUGCAAGCAUCGCCAUCGGCAUUCGCGUUCCAUUUUGAAACAUGUGCCAAUUUUGGUGGUGGGCACCAAGCUGGAUAAGUUGAUGCGGCGGCCACUGCGUCGAAGCGGCACCAUUGCCCACCAGCUGGGCGCCGACCAGAUCUUCGUCAACUGCCUGGAUCCCGAGAGCUUUGCGGACCGGAGCCGUAAUCAGGGUAAACUGCGCGGCUUUCUGAACCGCGUCGUCGAGUUCAAAGAGCGAUUUCCGCUGUUAAGUUUCCGUCAGAUCUAACCUUCUAUUUUUUAA